UUUCGAUGAGCUUGGAUUGCACAUCUGCCGUUACAAAGAGUAGCUUGUUUGAUUUCGAGAAUAGAAUUCUCGAACGAGCUCGUUCGAAUCACUUCGAACUUUUCAAAAAUGUUACCAGGCAAACGUGACAGCGAACAAAUGUCUGUUUCUCCGCUGGCUUAGCAGAGUUUUUAAAAAUGUAACGCUCCAAUUAGACGACUUCCAUGUAAUUCGAGGCUUCUUUUUAUGCAUGCAGCUGUAUACAUGUAAUCCCUUAACAAUCGGCUCGCGGCGAGCGCGACAAUAAAUACAAAUCGCUCGGUAUAUUGGUUCGCAGUUAGGAAACUUAUCCACCGUAUUAUUUUCCAUCAUUGCGAGCCUUAUCUUCUAGAUCGACCUAAUCUCUUUGCUUUUAUGGACCUCGUUUAUCGCGAAAAAGGAAAAUAUGUUGUUUCGUCCUCUUUUCAAUUAUCUAUAAAUUUCCAAGAAUUUUCGAAUACUUCGACAAACUAUCGGGUACUGUCGCGAGUCGUGACGGUUUUAUGCAAUAAAGCAUCUUGUUUUUGGACUUCGUUUAACGUUUAUUAUUUUUCAGGAAUGAGUGUUGGAAUGGACGAAUGCGAGGGUACCUUUUGCCUGAACCGUUCUUCGAGUUUCUCCACGUGGAUUUCUCUUGAAAAUGAAACGAAUUUGAAUCGAGAGGAAAAAAGAUUUUCUAUCGAACGGUAUACAGGGUGGCCGAAUACCGCAACGAUGGGUGUUCGCGGUGAUGGGAUUUUUGGCGUUGUUCAACGCGUACGCGAUGAGGGUCUGCCUGUCCAUCACCAUCACCGAGAUGGUCUAUCCGUCGACGAGCGAGAACCACACCGAAGACGUUUGCGAGUACGAGCCGGACGUUUUCGCCGUUACGAACCUGACUAGGACAUCCGUGAACGGGAAGCGAUACGAUUGGGAUGGAAUCACCCAGGGUGCAAUUCUAUCGUCCUUCUACUGGGGCUACGUGGUAACUCACUUGCCGGGCGGAAUGCUGUCGGAGAGAUUCGGCGGUAAACACUCCCUCGGUCUGGGGAUUCUGGCGACCGCGGUGUUCACGCUUAUCACGCCGGUGGUGGUCGAUUACGGCGAAGCGACAGGUCUGAUCGCUGUGCGCGUGUUGAUGGGCUUGUGCGAGGGCACGACGUUCCCGGCGUUGAACGCGAUGCUCGCUCAAUGGACGCCGCCGGAGGAAAGGUCCAAGAUCGGCUCGUUGGUAUUCGCGGGUGCCCAACUCGGCACGGUGUUCGCGAACUCGUUGUCGGGCCUCAUCCUUCACUACUCGGCGAUAGGCUGGCCGGCUGUAUUCUACGUAUUUGGCAGCGUAGGCCUCGUUUGGUUCGUGAUAUGGUGUCUAACGUGCUACAACAACCCGGACACGCAUCCGUACAUCUCCGAGAGGGAGAAGAACUUCCUGAGCGAGAGGAUGCAAGCCCACACGCACAAGAAACCGCCCUCGGUACCGUGGCGACACAUUCUGACCUCGGUGCCGGUUUACGCUCUGAUUACCGCGCAGAUCGGUCACGAUUGGGGAUUCUUCACCCUGGUCAACGAUCUUCCCAAAUACAUGAGCAACGUACUCAACUAUCCGAUCAAGAGCAACGGGCUGCUCUCCUCGUUACCCUACUUAACGAUGUGGCUUUGCAGCGUGAUCACGUCGUGCCUAGCCGACUGGAUGAUCACCAGCGGCAUGAUGUCGCGCACCAACGUGCGAAAACUGGGCACCACGAUCGCUUCCCUUGGUCCGGGUGUGUUCAUUAUCGGCGCAUCCUACGCCGGGUGCGACCGCACCAUCGUCGUCGUUAUGUUCACCCUUGGCACGACGUUAAUGGGUACGUUCUAUCCAGGGAUGAAGGUGAACGCUCUCGACCUCAGUCCGAAUUACUCUGGUACCCUGAUGGCGGUUGUGAACGGCAUAGGCGCGUUCAGCGGUAUCGUGACACCCUACAUCGUAGGAGUAUUGACUCCGAACGAGGGCCUCUCCGAAUGGAGGCUCGUGUUCUGGAUCGUUUUCGCUGUCUUCGUUGUCACCAACGUCGUUUUCGUACUUUACGCGAGUGGAGAGGUGCAGUACUGGAACAAUCCCGACUUCGUCAGACGAGACAGGGAAGAGAGGAAAAUGAAAAGUAAAAACGAAACGAAGCAAAAUGUUGAGAAAGUUCGUUCUUAAUCCUGAGUGAGGAACAGUUCGUUAUUCGAUGAAUAAUCUACCUCGAGGUCCUAUGACGCAGCUGAUAACUUUUUGCAACGUGAUUCUACGGUACGCACGUAGUGCACAAGAAAUUGUUCGAACAGCUGUUCAAUUAACUGUUGCAAAAUAACUUUACUAUUAGCAUAAUUGUCGCAACGUAUUUAAAUUCUUCGUUGUUAUCGGGUAUUUUUCCGUCUAGUCCAAGUUUUUCUUUUUCUAUUUUUUUUUUCUUUUUUGUACUUCAUCGAAUAGAAGGAAGUAACAAUGUGCAACGAAAAGGAACGACAUAAUACACCGAAGAAUUAUGUAUAUAUGUACAGAUGAAUAGCCUUGCACGCUUCGACGGGCACGUUUAUCGAGCGAGAAUGAAAGACAUAUUCGACUGACGUUACAUAUCGACGUGCUCUCGCGACGAAGAUAUUCAGUGUACCUGAAAUAUUUGCACGACUUAGUUUUCCAUUCGUGCAAGCGUGUCGUCACCGAAAGAAACGGAAGUAACAGUCUUGUAUUUAGUUUGCGCGCGCACGUACGUGUAUACAGGCAUACGUACGCUUACAGGAGCAUAAACGCAACAUCUUUCGUAUGUGAAAAUCUAAAUAAAAGAAAGUUCAUUUUCUUA